CGAUCGAUUUGCAGACGAGAGAGAGCGGAGUAGUGGUGUAGUGAGGAGAGUUGUGUAAAAGAGAAGUUUCUCCGUCAAAAUGGAGAGGUUUUCUCUCGCUAUCUUGCUCGUGGCCAAUUUGGCUUGGGCGGCAGACCUUACCCACCUGGAUCACCUGUGUUCAGACGGGACUUUGCCGGAGAAAAUCGUGGUGAAAGACCGCGACCGGGGCGAGUGGCAGCCGAAGUCGGGACAGCCUGUGUUCUGCUCCGAGCACUACCCGCACUACUCCUGCUGCCCGCACGACUACCAGGCCGAUUUCCAGCAAGUCAACUACGAGCUCCUGACGAAUGUUGCAAGCACGGAGUGUGCCCACAUGCUGGGGAAGCUGCAAUGUGCGCGGUGUUCACCAGUGUCCUGGUACCUCUUCAAUGCCGGCGACACCCUCAACCCCGACCAGCGCAGCCGCACACUGCCCAUCAUGUGCUCCGACUUCUGCUACCAGUUCUACGAGGCUUGUCAGGGGUCUAUCAGAGGUCUGUUUGAUGACAUGAACAUCGACCAGUUCUGUGCCACCAACUCGGCUCCAAAAGGCACGCCAUGUUUCCCCAACCACUCUCACCACCUCCACCCCAAGGGCACCGACAAGAAACCCAGCUACCAGCGCCCUCCCACCGUGGUCAUGUCUCAGCACAGCAAGGUCAAGGCCAGGAAAGACUUCACACCGGAGGAGUGGGAAAAAUACUCCAAGUACACAUCCGAGGAGGUGGACUCUGCCGAGUCUGUAGAGAAGAACAAGUUUGACUGGUCAGUAGAGGAGCCAGAGAAGAAGCCAACAGCGGAGAAAGAAUACACAAAACCGGUUCCUGACGGACCGGUGGACAUGGCGGUGAAGGAGCGAGAAGAGACAGAAACCAAGGACAGUGUAAACCUGGCCGAGGUGUUGGCAGCUAAACAGUUCCAGCAGCUGAAGCCGAUGGAGUUCCCAAUGCCACAGGACAGGAAAGUCAAGAAAACAGACCCACCCAAGAUGAAAGCUAAGAAGCUGCCCCCACAGGAGAAGUUUGGAGGUGCAGGAGGGACGGAGUUCUUUGAUGUCCCAGAUGACAUGGACCUGCCCAAUGCUGACUGGACUGAUGACGUGUUUGAACCUGGAGUCAAGAAGGAAAUUGUGAAGGAAAAGCCAGAUGUGCUGAGCAAUAAGCCAAUGUCCGACUGCCUGUGUGUGAAGGAGGUAGCGAGCGGUCUGAGGAACCCUGUAGCGGCCAUCCCCAGCAUCGACCACACCCACAGACUGUUCAUCGUGCAGCAGGCGGGCGUGGUCAAGGUCAUGACCCCAGACGGCAGGAUACAGAAGGAGCCGUUCAUCAACAUUGAGCAGGAAGUCCUGUCUGGGAGUAAAAUGGGUGAUGAGCGGGGCCUCCUCAGUAUGGCGUUCCACCCAGAGUUCAAGUACAACGGGAAGGUGUACAUGUCCUACAGCGUGGACAAGGGCAGCUGGGACGACACCCCGCGGGACCACGUCAUGAGGAUCACCGAGUUCACUGUCACAAGACGUAACCCCAAUCGCCUGGACCCCACCACCGAGCGUAUCAUCCUGGAGAUCCCAUGGCCCAACCCCUACAGCCUGAGUGGGCAGCUCCUGUUUGGGAAGGAUGGAUUCCUCUACCUGUUCCUGGGCAACGGGGGCAUCAGUGAAGAGGAUGAGGAGAACUAUGAUGGACUCAGUGAUUUCCUGGGGUCCAUCCUGAGGAUAGACCUGGAUACAGACUACUGCCAGAGCCUGUACGCCAUCCCCGGAGACAACCCCUUCUACAACUCCACCUACAUGCCCUGGGAGGUCUUCGCCUUCGGGUUCGACAACCCCUGGCGAUGCACCUUCGACAUGGAGAGGAUCAUCUGUGGAGACGCUGCGAAUAACAAGAAAGAUACCGAGAAAAUCUAUCUUGUUAACCGUGGAAUGGACCAUGCCCAAGACGUGACUCCAAUCUAUGAGUACCCGGCGGGAGCCAACAGUGCUGUGAUUGGUGGGUUUGUGUACCGGGGAUGCCAGGCACCUAGGCUCUAUGGGAAGUACAUCUUUGGUGAACACAGUUACGAAUUUGGGAAGCUGAAGUUCCUUGAGGAAGAUCCUGAGACUGUGACGUGGGAGGAGGGUGACCUGUGUCUGGGAGGAGAGGGAGUGUGUACAGGAGACCUGCAGGGGAGUGUACAGGGCAGCCUGCUGUCCUUCGGCAGGGAUGAGUCAGGUGAGCUGUACCUGCUGACCAGUGAGACCGUCCAUGCCAAGAAGUGGGGCGGUCACAUCUACAAACUGGUGGAUCCCAGGAGGAAGGAGGACCCUCCCGAGUGUAAGCAGCUGCUGAGGAAGCCGGCCCCUCCCCUGUCCCACUGUGCCAAACACUGUCACCACGGACACUGCACGGCUAGCGACAUCUGCUGCUGCCAUGAUGGCUACAUGGGAGAGAACUGCAAGAUUGCUCUGUGUGACCCUCCCUGUGCAAACGGAGGCACCUGUGUGAAGCCCAACCAGUGUCUGUGUGACAUCGGCUUCACCGGACACACCUGUACCGAACUGGAUACACCUGAGGACCCCAAGGUCAUCCCCGACAAAAGGAACAACAUUAAGGACGUCCCACCAGAGUGUCUCCAGCCUGCAUUGACAGGCCCGUGUAAGGCUCUGUUCUGGGCCUGGCACUACGACAGGGUGACCCAGGACUGUGAGCAGUUCGUCUACGGCGGCUGCGGCGGCAACAAGAACAACUUCAAGACCAGACAGGACUGUCUGAACUUCUGCAUAGGGAAGUAGCGGGAAGAGACAGAUUUUUUUUUAAUGUACAGUUUACAUUUCAGUGGGGUUAUUGAAGUUAGUGAAGAGGUAUUCUCAGAUGGCAGACAGUUUAUAUAGUCAUGUACAACCUGUGUCCUCUCAAAUUGUACAAACCAAGAAUAUCGACCUGAUGAAAGACAGGAGACAAAUUUGGACCACAUACUGUUUUUGUCAUGAGGUGGAUUUUGCUCACAUCAUCACAUACUGUCUUCUUAUCAUGCAAGACCGUAAAUAAAAGACUGGAUUGAACAACAUUCUCCUUGCUUCAAAGAAGCAGGUUUUCGAUUAUGGAACUGACUUGCUUAUGGCAGGUACAAAUGUGGAUUUUUCCCCCACUUUUCACUAGUGAGGAAUUGUCACCGAACUUGUAUAAUGAUAUCCAGAAAUUUUGCCUACAAAUGCACAGGCUAUGUGACACUGGACAGGUUCUGGGAAUGUCAUUUGCACGCAUUUGAUAUAGACAUUUUAUGAGCAAAAUCCCCCAUAUGACAAAAGCAGUUUGUGUGUUUCAAAUUGGCCUAUUAAAUCAUGUUUUUUGUAAUUUGACCAAGGCUGAGAACAAACAAAAUCAAGCUGGAUCUAGGUUUUCAACAACUUACUAUGAUGAAAGAAUCUAUGUAUGAGAAUUUUGAAAAACUUUCACAAUCAUACAUGUAGUUAGGAAGAACACAAGGACAAUUCUUUUGCCCGACUGAAAUAUUAGCAUGCAUUGUGUAGCAGUGUACAGGAUACUUCUGCUUUUUGUUUUGUGCAU